AUGGACAUCAAACUCGAAGAACAGAAUGGAUACGAGUAUAUUCAGCGCGAUGAAAGUAGUCGCGAUACAGCGGACGCUCCCAAUCGUGCCUCGCAGCUAGCCUCAAAUUUCCUUUCGUCACUCAAACUAGAACAGGGUUACCAGCCGAUCGGUAGCGAAGAACCAAGUAUUAAGGCUGAACAGUCUUCAUAUUAUCGCGAUCGAUCACGCGAACGUCGUCGAUCAAGACGUUCUAGAAAAAGAAGCAGAAGUUAUAGUCCGAGACAUCGGAGUGCAAGUCCCAGACAUCGAUCAAGAUCAAGAUCGAUCACUCCAAUAAAUAAACGAAAACGCAAGCUCAACAAUUGGGAUGUACCCCCGCCUGGGUAUGAAGGGAUGACGGCAGAGCAAGUAAAAGCGACUGGUCAUUUCCCGCUUCCCGGACAACCUGCUACCAAGCCACUAAGCGCGCCACCAACACCUCUGGUGCCUGGUAUGGAUCCAUCACGUGCUGCCAUGAUGAUGGGUAUGACACAUGAGCUUCCUCCUCGGCCAAAAGUAAGCCAGGGUGCAGCGGGUCCAGUCGCACAGACAGCUUCACUAGCACGGCAGGCAAGACGACUUUACGUUGGUAAUAUUCCUUACGGUAUAGACGAGGCCGGUCUCUCCGAGUUCUUUAAUUCGACAAUGCUCCAACUGAAUAUCACGACAGCUCCUGGAAAUCCUGUUAUUGCGGUUCAAAUAAAUCAUGACAAGAAUUAUGCUUUUGUAGAAUUUCGAGCACCAGAAGAAGCAACAGCUGCAAUGGCAUUUGACGGAAUUACAUUCCAAGGACAGUCUCUUAAAAUCAGACGACCAAAGGAUUACCAACCGCCACCAGGACAGAGUCUGGAACCACCGCCGAUUCAUGUUCCUGGUGUUGUAUCGACAAAUGUACCAGACAGUCCUAAUAAGAUCUUUAUUGGCGGGUUGCCCACGUAUUUGAACGACGAACAAGUAAUGGAACUACUAAAGUCAUUUGGCGAAUUGCGAGCGUUUAAUCUUGUCAAGGAUAGCGUAACUGGAGUGUCCAAGGGUUUUGCUUUCUGCGAAUACGUGGAUCCAAAUGUCACGGAUUUAGCAUGUAAAGGCCUUAACAAUAUGGAGCUUGGAGAUCGCAAAUUAGUGGUUCAGCGUGCUAGUGUCGGGUCAGCCAAAAACACUACUGUAGCGACAACUCUGCCUCCGUCGUUGCUGAUCCCAGCCGGUAACGGGGAAAUGCAACCAACGCGAGUUCUACAGUUACUUAAUAUGGUCACUCCCGAAGAAUUGGUUGAAGAUGAUGAAUUUGAGGAUAUUUAUGAAGAUGUACGCGAAGAAUGUUCGAAAUUCGGAAAAGUAUACGACAUCAAAAUCCCGCGUCCCAACCAGGGAAGUGCGUCCGGUGUUGGAAAGAUUUUUGUACGAUAUGAAACUAUCGAAUCAGCAGGUGCCGCAUUACGAGCUCUAGCAGGGCGAAAAUUUGCAGAACGUACAGUGCUAACAUCUUAUAUUGACGAAGAGAAAUAUGUAGCAGACGACUUUUAA